AGAAGCAUGAAUGAUGGCAGUGUGCUCAGCACACUGUGCCUGUGCCCUGCAGGGCUGUGUGCCAGGGGCCUGGGCAGGCAGGAGCUGCUGCCAGGGCGGAAGCCGGGCCCGGGCAGCGCGGGAUGCCGGGACAGCACAGGCUGUUGGGGAGGAGCGUGGCCCAAGCUGGGCAGAGUCCAGCUGAGGCGCUGCAGCUGGAGGCACCACCAGCCCCACAUUCCCGUUGCAGUGGCAGCUCCCUGCAGAGAGCAGAUCCACCAGGAGGUGCAGGAUUACUAUGGCAAAGAGCUGCAGAAAUCAGAGGACCUCAAAACCAAUGCGUGCAUCACCUCAGCCAGGCCCCUUCCCAAGAUGGUGAGAGAUGCUCUGGAGCACAUCCAUGAAGAGGUGGUGGCCAGGUACUAUGGCUGUGGUCUGGUGAUCCCUGAGUGCCUGUCAUCGUGCUGGAUUCUGGACCUGGGCAGCGGCAGCGGCAGGGACUGCUACGUGCUGAGCCAGCUGGUCGGGGAGCAGGGCCACGUCACCGGGAUAGAUAUGACCCAGGGCCAAGUUGAGGUGGCAAAGAAGCACAUUGCCUACCACAUGGAUAAGUUUGGCUACCGCAAGCCAAACGUGGAGUUCUUCCAUGGUUACAUGGAGAAGCUGGGUGAUGUCGGACUGGCUGACGAGAGCUACGAUAUUAUCGUCUCCAACUGCGUGAUCAACCUUGCCCCUGACAAGAGGGCUGUGCUGCAGGAGGCCUUCCGUGUCUUGAAGCCCGGGGGAGAGAUGUACUUCAGUGAUAUCUACGCCAGCCAGCGCCUGAGCGAGCCCAUCCGGAAGCACCGGGUGCUGUGGGGAGAAUGCCUGGCAGGAGCCCUGUACUGGAGAGACCUGUACAGCAUUGCUGAGGAGGUGGGGUUCAGCACCCCACGCCUGGUCACCGCCAGCCCCAUCACCAUUGGCAACAAGGAGCUGGAGGCCAUAGUUGGCGACUGCCGCUUUGUUUCUGCAACUUUCCGCCUGUUCAAAGUGCCGGCUGGCAGCCGGGCCGGGCCAGGACAGGCCAUCUACAAUGGCGGGAUUGUGGGGCACGAGCGAGAGCUGGUGUUCGAUGCCAACUUCAGCUUCAAGGAAGGAGAGGUGGUGGAUGUGGAUGCUGAGAUGGCUGCAAUCUUGCAGAGCUCCAGGUUUGCAGAGGAGUUCCUGAUCCGGGCUGGUGGAGCCAACACUGCAGCACUGCAGGGCUGCUGUGGCAAGGGAGUGAAGGAGAAGAUCCAUGAUCCCUUCCAGCUGCUGGAGCGGCUGUCAGCCCCAGGUCCCGCCUGCUGUCUUGGUGGCACCUGUGGUCCCCCAGGGUGCUGCUGAGUGGCAAGUGGUGUCCCCACAUCACUGCUGAAAAUCAAUGGGGCGAGAUGAUGUGACCCCAGUGACAUCUUCCACCAGAGAGCAAAUACAUAUCUGAGCUCAAA